GCAAGAGUAUUUUUCAAUUAGUUCCAUUUCAAAAUUCGACGAAAAAAUCGUGGAAAAUAUUUAGCGGACGGAAUUUUUCGUCGGGCUCGCGAGAAAAGAGACAGUUAAUAAGAGUGUUGCGUGUGCGUGAGUGAGACAACGCGAAAAGUUAGAGAGAAUCGGAAUCAUGGCGAGUGUUUUUUUAUAAUCAAAUUUCCACAGCACUUUCCACGUAUAAUCGUUAAUGAAGCAAAAAAUUCUCUUUUAAUUUGGCAUAAAUUGUAUUUGUCUUGAAAAAAGCAUAUUCUUGUAAAUAUAUCCUCUUCGUAAAAUAUCUUACUUAAAAGCCUUUAAAUAUUGAAUUCACUUGAAAUUUCAAACGGUGUCACUCGAAAUUCGCCAGCGACUCGCCACGUUUUGUACAAACAUAGUUUGUAAACAUAAGUUUGUAAGCAGCCGGAAAAAGGCGAACGGAACCCAAAACCCCAAUGCCAGCCAACUGAGUGCAAGGGAGACAGCCGACCACGUCGAGCGGGAUAGCAUGCGCCAAUGAAAACGUCCUACCACCCAAAAGCGUCCGAUUUCGUUGACUACGCCGUUGCCGGGGGCGGGGGAUCCGGAUUCUGUCCGGGAUUAGGAGCGGGACUUUCAGUCAGGGCGACGUCCUUCUACGGCGAUCAAACGGUAACGGCAACUGCGGACGGGACGCGUCACCAGGAACAACAACAACAGCAGCAUAUCCUAAGGCAACCUGCAACAUCCACAUCGACUUCAUCGGCAGCUGCAGCAGCAACCAGCAAGCGAAAACGUCAAACAGAUUGUGAUUGCGGCUGCGUCGAUUCAUAUAACUCCAGCCACGGCCCGCCAGUGCAGCAGGACUCUUCAGCAGCAGCGGGAGCAGGAUCUGGGGGAUCGAAAGCGGGAUCAGGACCAGGACCAGACGGAAUCGGGCCCAUCAGCAGCCUCAAAACGGCGCACACAAAGGUCGCCACCUCGGGGGGUCAUGCCAAUACGCAGCCCCCCAGCAAAAGGUCGAGCAGUGGAGCGGAUGGCGACUACCAGCUGGUGCAGCACGAGGUGCUAUAUUCCCUAUCGGCGGAGUAUGAGGUCCUAGAGUUCUUGGGCCGCGGCACCUUUGGCCAGGUGGUCAAGUGCUGGAAGCGCGGCACCUCCGAGAUCGUGGCCAUCAAGAUCCUGAAGAACCAUCCUUCGUAUGCGCGGCAGGGCCAGAUCGAAGUCUCGAUCCUUUCGCGCCUCAGCCAGGAGAAUGCCGACGAGUUCAAUUUUGUGCGGGCCUUUGAGUGCUUUCAGCACAAGAACCACACCUGCCUGGUCUUUGAGAUGCUGGAGCAGAACCUGUACGAUUUCCUCAAGCAGAACAAGUUCUCGCCGCUGCCGCUCAAGUACAUAAGGCCCAUUCUGGAGCAGGUAUUGACUGCCCUGUUGAAGCUGAAACAACUGGGUCUGAUCCAUGCCGACCUGAAGCCCGAGAACAUCAUGCUGGUGGACCCAGUGCGUCAGCCCUACCGUGUCAAGGUGAUCGACUUUGGUAGCGCCUCUCACGUGAGCAAAACGGUGUGCAACACGUAUCUGCAGUCGCGCUACUAUCGUGCUCCCGAGAUCAUCCUGGGCCUGCCCUUCUGUGAGGCGAUCGAUAUGUGGUCACUGGGCUGCGUGGUGGCAGAGCUCUUCCUCGGGUGGCCGCUCUAUCCGGGCAGCUCGGAGUUCGACCAGAUCCGCUACAUCUCGCAGACACAGGGACUGCCCACAGAGCACAUGCUGAACAGUGCCUCGAAAACCUCCAAGUUCUUCUACCGCGACGUGGACUCGACGUAUCCCUUUUGGCGCCUGAAGACCACCGAGGAACAUGAGGCGGAGACCAACACGAAGAGCAAGGAGGCGCGCAAGUACAUCUUCAACUGUCUUGAUGACAUUGGGCAGGUCAAUGUGCCCACUGAUUUGGAGGGCGGUCAGUUGCUGGCAGAGAAGACGGACAGGCGGGAGUUUAUCGAUCUGCUUAAGCGCAUGCUGACCAUUGACCAAGAGCGGCGACUCACGCCAGCAGAAGCGUUGAACCACUCGUUUACACGGUUGACCCAUCUGGUUGACUAUGUCUACUGCAACAAUGUCAAGGCAUCCGUGCAGAUGAUGGAGGUGUGCCGCCGAGGCGAUUUCCACACAGUGCAGCCCGCGUCGACGCUGGUGACCAAUUUUGUACCCUCAAGCACGGAGAACAUGACGUUCACGAUCAACAACCAGUUGACCAGCCAGGUGCAGCGCCUUGUGCGCGAUGGGCGUCCUCUGGCUUACGAGGGACUCUACCAGAUCUACAACGGACGCAGUGUGGCCCGACAGUAUCCGCAGACGCGGACUGAUAGCUUCCAGCACCAGCUGGUUUCGAACAUCCUGUGCCCGCCCUCGUACCAGACGAUGCCCAGUCCCACUAAACAUGUGGUUGUGGGCAGCGCCACCAUGCAGCCACCGUUGCAGGUGCCGCCGCAGCAGUACGUUAAUGUGCCCGUACCGGUUUCCAUGGUGGAGCCAACAUCUGGUCAGAGAAUGCUCCUAACGAACCGUGUGCAGGCCAGCGGAGUAGCCUGGCCACAAACUGGAAGGCAGAUGGCCUUGGUGCCGUCGUGGCCCCAGCAGGCGCCCGCCCACUCGCUCAUCGUGGACUCGACGCCUCUUUUUAAUGUGGAGGAGAUCUAUCCCAAGCACCACCUCAACUUGCCACGCAACGAUCUCAAGAAGGAGUCGCCGGCUCAUCAUAUUGCCAAGGGGAACUCUUAUCGCGUGCCGCGCCACGAGAAGAAGGAGCACCAGCAGUUGUCGCCGGUGAAGAAGCGGGUGAAGGAAAGCUCGCCGCCCCACCAGCAGCGGUACCAGCGCGCAGCACACGUUUCGCCCCAGUACCACGCGCACCACAACUGCAACUACGGGAAUGGCUACAGCGCCAGUGCCGGAUCGGUGGUGGCCUCCUCGGCUGCCUCCGCUAGCAACAUUGUGAAUGGAAGCUCGUCGAGUUCGCACCAUCAUCACGUCCCCGUCGCCCAUGCCCAGCCCUACAGUAGCUCCUCAGGUCACCACAUUGUAAGCAACUGCAACGCCAACGGAGGAGCCGGAGGAGCAGUGGUUUACCAACAGCCACCGGCUCAUGCCCACCAGCAGCAUGGGCAGCAGCCGCACCCGCAGAGUUCGCAGCAUCCGCAGCACGUGAAGCAGCCGACGAUAACCAUCCACGACACGCCCUCGCCCACGGCUGUGAUAACGAUCUCGGACAGCGAGGACGAGGGCGGAGAGGCUGGAGGAGCUCAGAUGCCGGUGCUGAAGCAACGGGCGCAUGCCCAGUCGCAGACCAGCGGUAGUCUGCUUCAGCACGCACCAAGCUCCUCCUGCAGCCGGAGCAGCGCCCACCAGCAGCCGCAUCCACAUCCUCAGCAGCAACAGCAGCAGCAGAUUAACUAUGGUGAUCAUGAUCCGGAAGAUGCCCGCCGUCGUCAUCAUGCCGCCGCCGCAGCCGCCGUGGGAAGUCCCAAGCAUCACCAUCAUCAACAGCAGCAGCAACCUGCUCCUCCUCCACAGCAGCAGCAGCAGCAGCAGUACCAACCCCAGCCACCGCCGCAGCAGGUGUUGCCCCAGCCACAGCCCAGCAUCAAGUAUGAGCCCGGCCAGUCGCAAAAGAAACGCAUCUUGGCCAUGGCCCAAAGCGAAUGUGGCUACCAACCUCAGGCUCCCAGCCAGCCGUCGUCUUCGGCCAGUUUGCCGCACAUUCCCACCAAGCAGGAGCCAGCCGAGUUUUAUCCGGAGUAUGCAGCUGCUCCGCCGCAACAGUUGGACACAAAGCGCUCCUCCUGGGCACCUACAUCUUCGGGAUCAGGAGUGUCCGCUCUGCCGCUUGCACAUCCAAAGCGAGAGGCCCCCUCUGUAGCUCCAAUAAGCUAUGUGGCCCCGUCUGUGGCUCCGCCAUUAGCCCACUCCAAGAGCAGUUCCGCAUCAUCAUCGUCGUCGAUAAGCGCUGCGACUGCCGCAGCAGCUGCUGCAGCUGCAGCGGCGGCGGCCAGCGUUGGUCCUCCAUCGUGGGGUCCUCCACAGGUCUAUCGUCAGCCAUCGCAGCCGCCUCCGGGCAGCGUGGGACUACCAGGAAGCACUCAGCCGCCGCCGUCGAGUGUGGCCCCGCAUCCGCAUCACCACAGUCAUGGACAUCAUCAUCACCAGGCCGGAACACCGCUGGGCGGGUCGCCAUCAUCAACGGCGGCGGCUGCUUUGUUGCAGCCAGAUAUUUAUGCGCAGGGCGACAUUUACCGCCGGCCCACAGUUUUCGUAUCACAGGCGGCCCCCAGCUACGCCUACGCCAACCGGGCGGUGGUGGCUCCACCUCCGGCCCACAACAGCUCCAGUCGUCAGGUGAUACCAUCGCAUCCACUGCCGGCUCACAUCCAGAUACCCACCCAGUACAGCCAAUUUGGACCGCUCAGUCCUGCCCAGGUAGCCGCCAGCAAACACGCGGCGCACUUUGCGCCCACCAACAUAUGGUAUGGGGCUGAGUAGACCGACGAUGGGAGUUGACGGGGAGAGGGGCGAUGAGGAGAGACGCGGAUGGGACGAGGAUGUGCACCCACCCAGAACCAAGAACCACCCAACUACACACCGCACAACACCACCAUCACCACUGUUGUUAUGAUCUUGAGCUAGAGCCCGAUCGAAUGAUUCAACGCUCGAAUCUUUUGUGGCCUCGGGCGAGGCAGGUGACCAUCCGGAGCAAAGCCAAGAGCUGCAGCAACAGCAGCUGCAGCUAACUCAGUGCUGGUGGUUCAUGCUACUUAUGCAGCAGACUAUUAUCCACAACAACUCCAUAUUGCAAGCGGGCAGCGACGACGCCGCAGCAACGGCAGCAGCAGCAACAGCAACAUCCUCAGACACAACCACAAUACGUAAAGCACGCCGGCAACUUUAAGCCAAGUCCAAGUCCCCCAACUCGUUGCCACUAAGCUAAGAAGCUUGUUUUUUUCGGGGUCCCGCGGGAUCUCAUUUCUGCUACUAUUAAUUUUUAUUAUUUUUUUAAAUAAUAUUAAAUAUAAAUGUAAAGCACUCCUACACGCAGCUUGGUGUACAGUGCUCAGGCAAACUUUUGGCAUGUUGUGCAUCAGCACAAUUUCGCACCCACACACACACUACAGCUAUACCCUUCUAUACCAUCGAAAUAUGCGAGUUAGAUGCAUAUCGAGAGAUGUUUUCCUUCGAAACGAAAGCGUUUUAUAAAUGUGUGUUGUGUGUUUUAUUGAUAACUUCCACAUAAUAUUCUCUAUAAUCUACCUAUAUAUUAUAUACAUCCAUAUGUAACACUAUUAUUAUGAAUACUAUAUAUCAAGAGAAAGCUAAACAAAACUAGAGUUUACGGCACGUCGACAACUGCAACAUUAGGCCAGAGAGCCAGUAAGAGAAAGCUUCGAAAUUCCCUAGCAAGUACCUCAGAAAAUCAAAAACCUAGCAGCAGCAGCAACAACAGCAACCAGAUAAGAAAAUAAACAACAUUGUUAUGCAAUUUGCCUUUUACACAAAACAAGCGACAAAACAAAUUGAGAUGACGAAAGGCGUUGAAGAUUAUGAUUAUGAUGCAGGAGUAGAGUUAGAAGAGGUUAGUAGAGAACCACAACAAAUUGAAUACCGCAAAAACCUUACUAGCAAACAAACAAGCAAAUAAAAUAGAUACCCUAGGAGAUAUCAACAAAGAGAACUUAACAAUUACAUAGCUCAUAGAUUUAGUGGAUAGAACGGGAGAAGGUCAAAGGGCGAACGUUUUUUACACACUCGUAACUCACUCAUAGGAAUAGCCGAGAAAAGAAUUACAACUAAAAACUAACAGAUAACAAUUCUAAAUUAUGUUUAACGAGCAACAACAAAUAAUUAUAGGAACAAGUGUACAUAAUACGCAUAUACUUACAUAUAUCGGUACUAAAACUAGCCGGAGCCCAACUAAAAGCCGAUUUUAAAACUGAUCAGUUGUUAAAGUCAGGUCAGCGAAGCCAGUUAGUCUGCGGUACGUUUAAUUUUUAGACUUCACAUUUCUUUUUACCCUAUCUGUGUCCUGGAAGAAGAUCUGCGUUUUGGUUAUUCUUUUAAAUAGGAAAGCGCAUAGGAAAGUUUACUAAAGUACAAAACCAAACAAAAUAACAAGCAAUCUAGCAGUUUAGGCUUUUAGUGUUUGUCCCACAACAACCCCUUGUUUUAGGCUUUUCCCCAGAGAAAUUGUAAUAUAUAGAAUCCCAUUUUGAUAUGUACAAACCUGGCUUACUUUAACUCGCCCACUAUAGAUCCUUAAUAUAAAAUAUAAACAAAAUCUUGUUAAAUAGGUUUCCUAAAGUAUUUCGUAGUUAGCAUUAAACUUAACUUUCGCGAUAAAAUAACCGAGCAGCAACUAAUUUUUCGCCCUCCUGGGGUCGAUUACUCGGUUGACCCAACCGAGAAUUUAGUAAAAUCGGUCCUUCGAGGGAGGCACUUCCUAUAUAAUGAAUUACAUGCUGAUACAGAUACAAAGCAGAAAUAUUUAAACCAUCCUUCGCCCCUUCCCAGAUCAGCUGUGUAUAGUGGGCUUCUUUGGGAUCGGGAUCGAGAUAAAUCAACUCCGACGAUUGGAAAUGAUCUAGCAUAUAAUUAUUGUGAUGUAGUUUUUAACGAGCGAGGAGCAGAGAAGUCCGCAAACGUUUUUUGUCAGUCGUCGUCGGCGAAUAGAAAUUACCUAAAAUUACGAAUAACCAAUUGAGGAUACGGAAUAUGCAUCUAUAUGUUAACUAAUUAGUGUGCAGGAUUCAAUAGCGUUAGCACGACAACAAAACGUUUUUUUAACCAAGCAAAUACAUUUUUAACAAGCGAGUAAUAACACUUUUUGUAGUAGGAAAAGGAGAACAAUUGUAGCAUACAUAGACGUAAUUAAGAAACGUUAGUGUUGUGAAUAUAUACGAGUAAAUACAAAAACAUAGAGAACUAGAUUCUAGACGUGGUUCGAGUACAUUUAUAUUAUGGAUAUAUUUUGUGUAUAAACAAUAACGGCAACCAGCAGCUAACAAUUGUAAUUGUAAUAAACAAUAAACGAAAACCACAACUCGGCAGAUUUAAGAUUCUUGUUUAAAGUCGAGAGAACCGUAUCUAGAUAAUAGACUUAGAUGUAUUCAGCAAGUUCUUUUUUUAUAGAAAUUUUAUGGACCAUUCAACUAAUGCAUAUAGUCAAAUAAGCAUGAAUAUUGUAUAAAAACAGCUGUGUGACCGUUUAGAUGUCAGCGGAAAGUUGCGAUCUGUGUUUCCGAUUUGUGUUUCUUGUCCUGCACCCACUCAGUGUGCGAACUUAUACUUAUAUUAUAUGUAAAUGUAUAUGCUAAAUAUCUGCGAGGGCAGACGAACUUUUCUUCUCUUUCUACUCAAUAUUUAGGAGCAUCAACCAGAAAGCAAAACCGAAAAACAAGAAAACAAAUCAUGAACGCUUUAAAUGUAACAAAAACGAAACGUUAAUAGACUUAUGAAAACAACAAACAAAUUAAAUUUAUAUUAAACGACAAAUUAAAUUUAUAUUAACAAACAAACAAAUUACAUUUAUAUUUAAAGAAAAUCAACAACAAAUUAAACUUAUAUUAAACAAACUCAAACACUCAACAAAUAAAUAAGCAGGCAGCUGGACCACAGUCGUUAGCAGGCUUUUGUGGCCCACUGUCGGAUGACUUGUAUUUAAGAGGAACUCUGGGUGGCUUCCACCACCAGCGAAAUACGGAGAGAUCCACACAAACACUCUAAUAUACGUAUAUAUUUAAAUGAGAAAUGUUUUAACUGUGUAGCCUUAGUAUUUGUACUCGUCGUCCUCUCGAUUUCCGACAAAAAUAUGAUGAUAUACGAUACUGUGUAGGGCAAACAAUGCCGAUCGAUGUUUACUAAUAUGAUUCAUAUGUACUUGUUUAAUUGUACUGAGUUCGGAUGAGUUGCCCUUACUUUACUAUUUUAACCAUUUAAAUUUACUUUUAAUUUACUUUGUUUCUUCGCUUAACUUCGUUUAAUAAUGGAACAUAGCCACAACAUAUACCAUAUAUAUUGCUUAUAUUUACUUAUGUCCUAUAAAAUAUAGAAAUCGUAAAUAUACAUAACAGAUAUCGCAAUUUUCGUUUUUCUUUAGUUCUUUAGUCUCUUAUUAUUUCGUUGUUUAGUGCUUUAAGAACAACUUAAUCAAAAGCAAACGGAGAAGAUGAUGAUGAACAACAACAAAUACAACAUAUAUCCCACCAAAUUACAAAGGAGUAAAUAAUUUUUAAGUUUAAACGUUUAGUGAAUGAACUUAAUAAUAAUCGUAGUUAUUGUGCAAUAAUAUCGAUAACGAUUAGCCAGUAAAUUGUGCAAACAAUUUAAUUUUAGUAUUGGGGACCUAGUAGUCUAGUUGCUCCCCGCAAGAGGCUAGCUUCAGCUGAUUUAGAUUUAGUUCAAGACCAACCAGGUUUCUGCAGAUUAUAGAUUGAUUUCGCACGCCCCGCCCCGCCACACCCCUCGAACCUUAAACCUUGAACUUUGAACUUUGAACCACCCCCCACGAAGUUGUUUGAUUGACCAACAAUUGAUGAGCUUUUACCGGAAAGUAAAGAUAUUUUGUUUUGCAUUUACCAAAACAGAGCAAGCGAAACCGAAAACGCGCCGAUCCGGAACCGGAAAUUCAAAACCAAUCUGUAACAGAUGGGUUAAGGGAGAUUAGAGGAGUUGACAAACAAGAUUGAUAAGAACCCGUCCAUAAUUAGAUUUCUUUCGUUUGAGCUGGACCUGAACAACUGAAACACGCACUUCGGACAGCUGGAGCGAGAUCCAAAAACUUAGCAGGGGCCCUCUCCUACUUAAUGAUAGCAUAAUUUUACGGAUGCGCAUAAUGCCGACUUAGUAGGCUACCAGUAACUUUAUUACGAUAAUGAUAACCUCUUCGUGUUUCCUUCACUUGAAGAACUUUCUAAACUCUCUUAAAAAUUGUGGUUCGGAUCGACAUUAGAAGUUUUUAAUACACACACAGAAUAUAUGUAUAUGCAGAUAUAUUUUAUUAACUAAGAAAUUAUUUCCUAGGCAAGAGGAGAGAUCAUAACGAUAACCGAAAUGUUGAUGUGUGAAAUUUAUAAGACUAGCAUAUUUCCUACCUACAGAAAACCAAAUAACAGAACAAUAUGUGUUAUAUAUACUCGUAUACACGAAAUAUGAUAAAUAGCAGCUAGAGCUGAGAUCAUACUCACAGUCGUACAUAUAAGCGCUAAGGCAAAUACAGAUAACGGUAAAGAUAUUGAAUUUAAAUGAUCGUACCUUUUGCUGAUUUCAAAACAAGCCAGAAUUUGAAAAGGCCAGAGCAAAGCGAAGUCAUUGGGUGAUGAAAACGUAAUCGAAACAAUAUAUGUUUUAAUAGAUCAGUGAGAGCACUUUUAUGGGAUUUGCUUUUUAUAUACAUAUGAAAUAUA